AGUCACUCCCUAUAAAUAGCAACAGAAAGUUCCUCUUCCUUGUUGCUUUAGUUGUCUCCAUUCAAGCUGGUGUUGUACGUAUUCUCUCAAGUUUGAAAGGACAUGAGAAAUCUACAAUAAAUCAUCCCUCUGAUUCUGAGCUGUUGAGCAGCUGCUUGGCUGUGACUGGGAGUCUGCAGAGGAGAAGACUGUUGUGUUACAGAGAAGAGAGAGCAGAUAUCAAGCUGGCUUCAGCUGGGACUUAAUUGAAGGAGGCAGUGUCAUGAUGGAAGCAGUACUUGAAAUGUCACUGGGCUAGUAAACCAGAACUCCAGGGUCUCACAUGAUCGGACGACACUGCUGCUAGGAUUCUUCAUGGCUUCAGGCCCUCAAAAUCUGCAAGUUGGCUUUGGGGCGUUGCACUUUCCUCAGUUGGUCUUGGUCACAUCCAUUGCUAUCCUUCUGUUACUCAUCAUGCUUGUGAUCCCCUGCGCUUUCUGUAGGAGAGUUUAUUGGAGAAUAAGAAAAGGAGCUAACAGUCUCGCAGGGCAACAAAAGGUGAUGUUUAUGAAGAAUCAUAAUGUUCCGGUUCAAGCCAAAGAUGAUCCAAAAGUUACAAAGGCAAAUAGAAUGACACCAUCAACUGACCAGCAGACAGAAAAAGUGGACAGCGUAAACCUCCGACGUAUCCCAAGUAUUCCUUUGACUAGUAUCAUACAGAUUGAGGAAAGCUCAGACGAUAGUCUGUAUGAAGUUGUGAAAGACAUCCAAGUGAACGAAUGGGCAUCAAAGCAGGAGAAUCCUGAGCCACAGAACCUGGAGUAUAUGACACCAUGUGAGACAGUGCCCUCGGCAGAUUCAAAACAGAUGGAUGAGUGCAGCAACAAGAACAAGGAGGCAGUAGAAGGGUUGACAUCAGCACCAAUUUAUGCAAAAAUAAUUAAACAACGGAAUAAGGCGAACCAAUCACAAGUUCUAGAAAAGUUUGAAGUUCAAGAUGAAGUGGAGAUUGAAGAGCCCCCACCAAUCCCAGACAAACAUUUGGAUGAAGAAGAUUCAGCUCAGUGUUGAAGGUAUCAGAUAACAAAACUGCACAGGUGAAAGUCAUAAUCCUAACUGAAAAAUGGAUGAAGCUGCUUGAGAAUCACUUCUAAUUGUAAAUACUGCACAUUCAAUAUGAAAGUACAGUGAUACUGAACAAUUUAUUUAAUUUUGAACUAAAUUACAAUUAUCAUGAUGUUUCAAUAUGAGUAAGAUUUUGUACUAUGGUGAGUCCUUGCAGUACACCUUCUCAGCAUGAUUCAUGGUAAAUUGUGGAACACUAGCUCUUAAAUCAGAAGACGCACCCAAGAUCUUGAUAAUAUAAUCCAGGCUGAUUCCCCAAGGAGUGCUACAGUGUUGAAGGUGCCUUGCUUUGGAUUUUGAUGCAGAAUCCCAGGCCACAUAUAGCAGGAUGUGAGGACAGAUAUUGCAGUUUGAAGAGGAGCUGGGAAUACUACUAAUUUUAGUGUUCCUUCUGUCAUCUAGUGCAAGCUAGAACAAGGACUUGUUCUUCCCAUUUAUGCUAUUAAGACACCUAGCUGCAUGGAAAAUGGUUAAUGUGUUUGCAUACACACUAAAGUCAUUGCAUUUUGACGUAAUUCAUUUUAUGUUGGAAAUGUUUGUUAUAUGCUGAACAAAUGAAAAUAUUUUAUAUGCUUUUUUGCACAAUGUAUGCAUAUAUAAAUUAGUAUACAUGCACGUGUAACUAUAGAAUAUAGUACGAGGUGAGUGAAAGUAUUUUGUGUAGUGAAGAUUGCAAUGAUUCUGGAUUUGCUGUCUAAUCUGUGUUUGGUUGCUUCAAAAGAAAUAGUGGUACUAACUUUGGCCUCUAAAACUCUUGUUUACGUGGAAUAGAGGUUUUGCCUCGGAUAAUCAGUGUAUGAAUAUUGAAUAUGGACAGCAUCGGAUAGAAUGCCCUUCAUGGUUGAGGCUUUGUGAUCUCUGAAGCAAUGUAUGUGGAAUUGUACCCAGCAGAUAGUCGAACAUUAGGAGAAAGGAGGGGUUGGUUGUGAAUGUUUCACUGGAUGGUAUAGCUGAAUCCAUUGUUGUCCUAUAUAGAAAUGUAUUGUUUCCUGGUGCAGUGAAUAUCAUUAUACACUCUGUUUAAAAGUACUGUGCAACAUAUUAAUAAAACCUUCAGCAAAUUUA